GUUGUCGGCGAUGAGGCUGUUUGCCGUCGCGCUUCUGGUGGCCUCCGCCGCUGCCGCCCCGCAAUCGUCGGACUUCAUCAGCCAGAGCUUCAUCAUUAAUGGCCAGCCAAAAAUACGAACCCUCAAUCAGAAGUUUGACCAGGAUCUCAGCGGCAACUACGAAUACGCCUACGAACUGGACAACGGACAGCGGGUGGAGCAGGUGGGUCGAGUGCAGCCGGGACCCGAGCCAGAGACCGGCAGCAUCUCCCAGCAGGGCAGCUAUCAGUUUGUCGGCGACGACGGCAACACCUACGAGGUCAGCUACGUGGCCGACGAGAACGGCUUCCAGCCUCAGGGCGCCCACCUGCCGCAGCCUCCAGCUCAGAUCCCCGAGUAUGAGCAGCUGAGGCGGGACUACCCGCAGCUGUUCUGGGCCGAGAGCGGAGGGGCCGGCAUCGUUUUCGACGACCGGCUGCGGUUUAACCUGCCCCAGGUCGGUGACCCACUGCUGGACGCCCGAUUGGAGGAUCGCGUUGUCUAGUCGAAACGGUGUGUGAUGUGUUCGUCAAAACACCUCAAAUCCGCUUAUCUUAUCUUCGUGAUGACACUGUCCAGUCAGAUCCAUGUUGCGCUUUGUUUGCACGCCAGUGUAUUCUCGGUGUACGGCAAGGCAAGCUUGGCUUGCAGGCAACUUCGUUUCGUGUUCUACAUCUGUUCCAUUGGCUUCGUGGUGAGGUCUGUCGGGCAGCUCAAGAGUUUUUGGAAAAUAAAACUGUUGCGAGCAAAUGAAA